AUGACGCUUCGCUCGCUCCAGCGGUCGCAGCGCCGAAGCUCCACCGGCGCGCAGCCGGCGCAGCGGACUCCCAGCCACAACGAGAAGCGUAGCAGCACGCCGGAUGCGGCGCGCGCGGGGGGGAGGUACAAGCGGAGGAAGACCCUCAGCGACGCUCGCGCCACGCGCGGACGAUCCGGCGAGGAGCCCGACGACGGCGAGCGACCGGCUCGUCGCGCCUCGUUGCGCGUCGCGGGAGGCGGGAAAGACGGCGCGAGGAAGGCGAAGCGGAAGGAGCGGGAGGAGAAGCCGGUGUCGUUGAUACUCCCGCCAAUUCCCAGCAGCGCCGGCCCGUUGUUCCAAGUCCGCGCCGGCCUCACAGACUUCAGAGCGCGCCAGCUGGCGAUGGCGGUGGAGGCGGGCGUCACGAGCGAGGUGGUGUGGGCGCUCAACGCGCUGCAGCUGAUCAGCUUCUCGCUCAAGGACACGUGGCAGCAGGGGGCUGGUCCGCUCAGCAAGGCGCCACAACUGCUCUCAGCCUUAGUAUCAGUGGUCGCGUCUUGGCGCGCCUGUUCUCUCGAAAGAACUGACGCUGCCACGUGGCGAGCCAUGAGAGGAGGGCCCGAGGGCGGCGGCCCAGCCGGCAGUGACCCCCCUGGGAGGGGCGGGGGCGGCAGCAGGAGCGGCGGAUCGGGGCGGCUCUCACGACUGCUGCAUGACCCCCUGGGGGAGCGCAUUCGCACCUACUUCCCGCACUCUGCGGACCCGCCCCUGCCGCGCCCCAUCUCCGUGCUGCACCCCCCAUCCGCGGACGACCCCCUUUCCUCCGCUGCUGCCGCCACCGCCGCCGCUGGCGCUGGCGGCAUGAGCGCGUAUGGGCGCGGGCACAGGGGAGGCGGGGUGGAGUCGCGCGGGGGGGACGGGGGGGGAGAGGCGGGCGGAGGGAGGGGGAACGAUGGGGGAGGCCUGGCGGCAGGGGGCGCGGCAGGGGGAGCGGGGGGAAAGGCGGAAGGGGACGAGGUGGGGGAGGGAGGGGGCUGGGAGGGGGCGCUGAGUGCGGAGGAGCGGGAGGUGUGGUGGGCGGAGCGGGCACUCUUCAACCACAGCAGCAGCGCCAGCAGCACGGGGGGUGGCAGGGGCGGGGGCAGAAGCAGCAGCAGUGCGGGGGAGAGGCUGCAGUGUGCGGUGGCGGCAUCGAGUGUGCUGCGCAACCUCUCCUUCCUGCCCCACUGCGCCUCCGCCAUGGCCGCGCUGCCCGCGUGUGUGGCCAUGCUGGUGGGCGCUAUGGAGGACUUUCAGCGAGUUGUGUGCAAGCAGCACAGGAGGAAGGGGACGCCCUGCCGUCACAGCCUCUUCCCCACCUGUCCCCUGCUCCCCCCUGAUUCCCCCUACUCUCCCGUACUCUCCUCUGCUCCCCCCUGCGCCCCCCUGCGCCCCCUGCGCCCCCUGUGCUCCCCUGCGCCCUCUGGGCCCCCCUGCGCUCCCCUGCACCCCUUCCCCCCUCUUCCGCACGGGGCAGAGGAGGAGGAGGUGGUGAGCAACGCAGUCGACACAUUCGCCAACAUCGCAGCGGCCAUCGACCUCUCCUCCUACCCCGCCCACCAACCGCCCCUCCCCUCCCCCGCCAACCCCCUCGCCUCCGCACUGCCACCCACACUCUCAUCAGCAGCACCCGCCCUGCCCGCCUCUCUGACUCGCUCCGCCGCAACUCACCCCGCGGGGGACACGGGCCCGCAUGGCAUGGCUGUGGGCGCUUCUGGGAGUGGUGCGGAUGCUGGCGCUGAUGCUGCUGCUGGGGGGGAAGGAGGUCGCGGAGUGAUGAGGUGGGUGUGCGGCUUUGUUGUUCUCUUGGUACAGCAGCAAUUCUUCCUCUCCCAUUCUGCCCUUCUCCCCUUCUCCUCUUCUACUGGUCUCCUCAUCCCCGCAUCUUCCCAUCCUCCCCUCUUCCCCCUCCCCCCAAGCAGUGACCCCCACGUGCAGGCCACUGCGCUCUCCUGCGUGGCCCUCGCUGCGCACGCCUCCCCCGCCGCCAAGUACAGCCUGGCCCGCGAGCCACAGUGA